AUGGCAACCCAGAUUGACAAAGAGGCUUGCAGAGAAGCUUACAAUGAUGUCCGGGAUGACAAUACAGACACGAACUGGGUUGUGUUUAAAUACGAUGGCUCCAAGAUCGUGCCUGGUGGACAAGGAGUGGAUUAUGGCGAGUUCAAGACUAUGUGCACAGACGAUGCUCGGCUUUUUGUUUUCGUCAGGAUCACGACAGGAGACGCCAUGAGCAAACGAGCCAAAUUCACUCUCAUCACUUGGAUCGGCGAGAACAUUAGCGGACUGCAGAGGGCCAAAGUCAGCACGGACAAGACCCUGGUCAAAGACAUAGUGCAGAACUAUGCCAAGGAGUUCUUGAUUAGUGAUCCUAAAGAGCUGGAAGAGGACUACAUACGUGAAGAGCUAAAGAAAGCCGGGGGUGCUAACUACGACGCUCAGGCUGAGUAG